AUUUAUUCUGUGGGAUUAGGUGUCAAAUACCGACCGACAAAGCAAUAUAAAGCUAACCCUUUUAUAUUAUAUAUAUUUUCUGAGAUAUAACAUUGAAAACAAAUACACAAUAAAAUGGAUGACCCAGAAUUAGAAAAGAUUAGACAACAACGGCUUGCUCAACUACAGUCUCAACAUGGGGGUACUGGUGAUCCUAGUCAUGCUAAACAACAGGAAGAGAGAAUGCAAGCAAUGGAAGAAGCUAAACACUCAAUUUUGGCACAAGUACUCAGUCAAGACGCUAGAGCUAGAUUGAACACAAUCAAACUUAGUAGACCAGAAAAAGGUGCCAUGGUUGAAAACAUGAUCUGUAGAAUGGCUCAGGCGGGUCAAGUUCGUAAUAAGAUAACAGAACCAGAACUGAUUCAACUUUUGGAGUCCCUCAAUCAACAGCUGCCUAAAUCAACAAGCACUGUGAAGUUUGACAGAAGGAGGGCAGCACUCGACUCAGACGAUGAAGAUUUCUAGCACUGCAUAACUAAGUUAACUCAUGGAAUUAUGCCAUCAUUGGAAUGCCUUAACACAUUAAAUGCUUAUUUAUCUAUUCAAAAAUGUUAUUUCCUUUGUCA